UGACAGGUGAAUGCUUGGACCAGCCAAUGUUUCAACCACAGAGCUUCAAGAAAGGGCCGUAGCAUGCAUGGCGGGAUGCUGGGCCAUUGCUGCAGGGGAUCUGCAAUGAUGUCAUUUGCAUAGUUUUUUUUUUCAUGUGCUCCCUUUGGGAUAUUAAUUGCAAGAGUGGUUGAAAGAAGGUGCUAUGGCUGGUAUCUCACCCUCCAGCACUACAUGGGGUAAGAGGCCAAUCGAAACAGCAACAGUGUGUGAUCGGUAUACCAACCUUUGCAGCUCGAUUAUAACCAAAGUGGGGCUUUUAGUUUGAGCACUACAGUGAUGUGUUGACUGCUUGCAAGUCACGAGUGGUGACAAUAAUUUCCAGCCCUUUUGCUAAAUAAGGGCAGGUUGCUUAUUGCUGAGCUGUCACCUCGCGUCACCUCAGCACAGAAAAGCACUCUGGCCCUCUUCCUUUACAAAGAUAUACAGACAAAGGUACACCUGUCCGAAGGUGCCUUUUCACAUGGGCUGGGUGAUUUAUGACUAUUGCGCUGUGCGAUGUGUGACACAAAGAGAGCGUAGUGCCCUGAAGCGGGCAGGUGGCAUAAUGGAUGCAGGACUUUCUUGGCCAAUCCAAAGUGUUUGCAGGACAUUGCCCACAGUAUAUGGGGAUGGUGCAGCUAGCUGCUCAGCUGAGAGAAGUGCUACAAUGGCAAGGGGUCAAUGUCCCUUUUGAUGAUGAUGACAGUACUGUGUCAGGGCUGGGUUGGUCUGUUUAGGCAACUAGUCAAGGCAGCGACAGUCACUCAGUGGGCUGUACGGUUCUGAUGCUCAGCUGCGCAACUGACCCGCUGGCUGAUGGCCAUCACUAUGAAAUUGAAUUUGUAAAUGCCCAAUGAGUCUGUAAAGAGUUCAGGUG